CGCCCCACGCCCCUUCUCCCCGGGACAGGACUGGAAGCGCCAGGCGAAUGGCAAAGUCCUUCCAGGCGUCAUGAUGGCCGCGAGGCCCCGUCGGUGGCUGCGCGCUGCUGCUCUCCUGAGGAUCCCGGGGGGCUGCAGAGGGUGCCACGUCGGGGCUGCUGCCUCCCUGAAGCGGGAGUACGACGCCGUCGUGAUAGGGGCAGGACACAAUGGACUGGUUGCUGCUGCCUACCUGCAGAAAGGUGGUUUGAAGACAGCUGUGCUGGAGAGAAGACACCUCGUGGGAGGUGCAGCAGUCACCGAGGAGAUUAUCCCAGGGUUUCGCUUCUCCAGAGCCUCCUACCUGCUCAGUCUGUUGAGACCCCAGAUUUACUCAGAACUGGAGUUAAAGAGACAUGGUUUAAAAGUGCUUCCGCGUGACCCUUAUUCUUACACACCGCUGCUGGAGGAUGCUCGGGCCGGAAAAGCCCCCCGCUCACUGCUGCUGGGGACCAACAUGGCUGACACACAGAGCCAGAUUGCUCAGUUCUCUGUAAAGGAUGCCCAGGCCUUUCCCAAGUAUGAGGCGUUCAUGAACCGCUUGGUGUCAGCCAUAGACCCUCUUCUUGAUACCUGCCCUUUGGAUGUGGCUGGUUUCAGCCAGGGCUCCCUUCUUCAGAAGUUCAGAGCCUUACGAGGCUUACGGGCCCUGAUCCGUGCAGGCUUUACUCUGGGGAAACAGCUUCCGCAAUAUUAUCAGGUUCUGACGGCCCCCAUUUCCAAGAUCUUGGAUUUGUGGUUUGAGUCAGAGCCCCUGAAAGCAACACUGGCAACAGAUGCAGUGAUAGGUGCCAUGGCUGGUCCCCACACACCAGGCAGUGGGUAUGUGCUGCUGCACCAUGUGAUGGGUGAGCUGGAGGGGCGCCAGGGGGCCUGGGGCUAUGUGGCUGGGGGCAUGGGAGCGCUAUCCCAGGCCCUGGCCAAUGCUGCAACUGCACUCGGGGCUGAGAUCUUCACGAAGAAGGCUGUUGCCCAGAUUCUUCUGAGCUCAGAUGGGAAGGCGCAAGGUGUUUGCCUCCAGGACGGAACAGAAGUGAAGAGCCGCCUGGUCCUGUCGAAUGCAUCUCCGCAGCUCACCUUUCUGGAAUUGACUCCUCAGGAGCAGCUGCCCCCAGAAUUUGUCCAGAGAAUCUCCCAAUUUGACUCACGCUCUCCAGUCACCAAGAUCAAUGUGGCUGUGGAUCGGUUGCCUGAUUUCCGAGCGGCCCCCAAUGCCAGGGAUGGCUGCCCCUUGCCCCAUCACCAGUGCUCCAUCCACCUCAACUGUGAAGACAUACAGCUCUUGCACCAGGCCUUUGAGGACGCCUGCCAGGGGAGACCGUCAAGCAGGCCCAUGAUUGAACUGUGCAUCCCGUCUGCCCUGGACCCCACACUGGCUCCGUCGGGCUGCCACGUGGUCUCUCUCUUCACUCAGUACACCCCCUACACACUGGCCGGAGGGAAGCAAUGGGACGACCGUGAGCGUGAGGACUAUGCUGACCGAGUCUUUGAUUGUGUUGAAGCCUAUGCCCCUGGGUUCAAGGCCUCUGUCGUCGGCAGGGAUGUCCUGACGCCUCCAGACCUUGAGCGGAUCUUUGGCCUACCUGGUGGGAACAUAUUCCAUGGAGCGAUGUCUCUGGACCAGCUGUAUUUUGCCCGGCCAGUGCCUUCCUAUUCCAGCUACCGAUCUCCAGUGGAAGGCCUCUACCUCUGUGGAAGUGGCGCCCAUCCCGGAGGAGGUGUCAUGGGAGCGGCGGGGCGCAAUGCGGCUAGAAUGGCUCUGGAGGAUUUUAAGAAGCUGUGACCUCCCCAGUAGGACCCUUGAGUUGCCCUGGCUCAGGAAAAGGGAUGGACAGGAAGCCACUCUGCUGCAUUCUGUCUCUGGGCCCAGUGCUAGAGAGAUCUCUCUGGUCUUUUGCUCUGGGCAUUGCACAGCCAUGGAGCAGGAGGUGGGCACUGCUCUUGCAGAUAGAUGGACACAAGUGUGCCACAAGCGUGUUUGCAAAAUGCUCUUGCUACCAUUACCUCUCCCAGCUUUAUAAAUCAGCUAAUGCUCCUAUUGUACUCAAGGCUGCAGUUUCUUGCAAAGGCUCCGGUUUCUGCUUCCUUCCUCCUUGGGCUGGUUGGGAGAUGCAUCCUGUGCUUCCUGCUACAGGAAAAGGCAAAGUUUAGAGUCCUGGGUGAGGCUGGCUCCUGAGUAGAGACUGGGUAUUUUAGUAGAAUAGGGACCCACUGGGUUAAAAUGCCCUGCAACAGCAGCAGCAUUUAUUCUGAAAGCCCGUCUCUGCUGCCAAACUUAGGAAAUAGGAGUCUGCCUUUGAGAGUCUGACCAUUGGGUCCAUCUAACUCAGGAGUGUCUGCACCGAUUGGCUGUAGCUCUCCAGGGUUUCAGGCAGGGAUGCUCUCCAAGCUCUGCCUGGAGAUGCCAGGGAUUGAACCUAGGACCUUUUGCAUGCAGGCAGAUGCUCUGCCGCUGAGCUUACAUCCCUUCCACCCCAACUUACAAGACAGCAUCUUGGCGUCGGUUCCUUAAUGCGCUAAAACACAGACAUUCUGCACACGUGGCUCCAAACACUGAACAAACUGUCCUGAGAAACAGCUUAAGAUCUACACAUCUCUGGAAGCUCAGUGUUUCAUGCCACCCUAAUCUCAGAGCGGUGCAGGAUCCAGAGUUUUCAGGGUUUGUGUUUCCUUUGGAAAUGAGGCACAGCAGAGACUGUGGUGUCUUUAUGAUAUAUGGUUUAUUUACACACAUAUACAACCUGAGCCUGUAAUAGAGGGGUUCCCAGCAUCAACACCCCAAGAAGGUCUUGUUUUUCCUCAUAGCCACAGCCUUGGCAUCCAGCAGAAAUCAAUCAUUGCUCUGCUUCUCUCCCUUUCCAGCUUGCUGCCUUGCUUCUAGUUCAUAUCACUACAACUCUCUGCCCUCCACUCUGCCUUUGUCCUUCUAAGUACCCACCACCCACUUGCACAGAACCCCUUUUCUUUGUUCCCCAUAAUGGCCCAUUGCCCAUGCUAUUGCCUCAACAGGAAGCUAGCCUGGCUUAUGUUUUAACACUUGCUGGGUCCAGGGGUUAGGAGUGUUCUAGCAUAUAGCCUAUUCCCCACCCCAGUUCAUAACACAAGAAACAAGGCCAAGUUGUUACAGUGCUGCCUUAGCUAAGGGGCAAGGAGAGUCGGCUGCUAUUCGUGUCUGUUGACCUUGUGCUCCCUAUCCAAAGCCGGACAUGCCUGGCUGAGCCCCAGUCCAAAAGAGCCAUAUUUCUCACUAGCAAAGAGCAGCUGCUUGCAAACACCUCUCUGCAUUCGGACUGCAAAUCCAGCUUAGGAAGUGGCCGGUAGCCAGCUGUCCUCUCUGGCAAGAGCCACUGUUGGGUUUUGUGCCCGAGGCAGCCUGAGGAUCCCACGAAUCAGUUGCACUGGCUUUCAUCCAGUUCCAUCCCAUUGAAAUCAAUGGGGAUAAAUCAGCUUAAAUCUAAAUACUCUGCUUUAAUUGGCGGAUGGAACCUAGCCAAAGUGUGUUGACACAAUAAGGAAAAAUCGAUAGCUAACUUUCCUCCCUAGCUAUGAUGGAUUGAUUUCAUGUGAAGAAAUGAUUGUAAAAUCAUUGCCAACGGUACACUUAGAAAAUAUAUGUCCAAAGAUUAAAGAGUUUUUAAAAGACUGAGAA